CCGGUCACGUGCCCCCCAGCGUUCUCGCUGCCAGCGAUGGAGGCGAGACCCCCCGGCCUCAGAGGCGGUGGCGACGGCAGCGGCUCCGGGCUCUCAGCCUCUUCCCGGCGGCGGCUCUAGAGAAGCGCGGCGGAACGCGGCCCGCUCCCGGGCUUCCCUCGCCGGGCUCGCAGCCCCCACCCGCACCAUCUAGACACCAUGGCAACUUCAUCUGAAGAAGUUUUGCUGAUUGUAAAGAAAGUGCGGCAAAAGAAGCAGGAUGGAGCACUAUACCUCAUGGCAGAAAGAAUUGCUUGGGCACCUGAAGGGAAGGACAGAUUUACAAUCAGCCAUAUGUAUGCAGAUAUAAAAUGUCAGAAAAUUAGUCCAGAAGGAAAAGCUAAAAUUCAACUUCAACUGGUCCUGCAUGCAGGGGAUACAACUAACUUUCAUUUUUCCAAUGAGAGCACGGCAGUGAAAGAAAGAGAUGCCGUGAAAGAUCUUCUUCAACAGUUGCUACCUAAAUUCAAGAGGAAAGCAAAUAAAGAACUGGAAGAAAAAAACAGGAUGCUGCAAGAAGAUCCAGUUUUGUUUCAGCUUUAUAAAGAUCUUGUCGUGAGUCAAGUGAUCAGUGCUGAGGAAUUCUGGGCCAACCGUUUAAAUGUGAAUGCAACAGAAAGUUCCUCCACAACCAAUCAUAAGCAGGAUGUUGGCAUUUCUGCAGCAUUUUUGUCUGAUGUUCGACCCCAAACAGAUGGAUGUAAUGGUCUAAAAUACAAUUUAACCUCUGAUAUCAUUGAGUCUAUAUUUAGGACCUAUCCAGCAGUAAAAAUGAAAUAUGCAGAAAACGUUCCUCACAACAUGACAGAAAAGGAAUUCUGGACGCGUUUUUUCCAGUCCCAUUAUUUUCACAGGGACCGUCUGAAUACAGGGUCAAAGGACCUCUUUGCAGAAUGUGCCAAAAUAGAUGAAAAGGGGUUAAAAACAAUGGUUUCAUUAGGAGUGAAAAAUCCACUACUUGAUUUGACAGCUUUGGAAGAUAAACCAUUGGAUGAAGGAUAUGGCAUUUCCUCUGUGCCAUCGACUUCAAAUUCCAAAUCUCUAAAAGAGAAUAGCAAUGCUGCCAUCAUCAAGAGGUUUAACCAUCACAGUGCCAUGGUUCUGGCAGCAGGUCUCAGGAAACAAGAAGCACAAAAUGAACAAAAUGGUGAGCCCAGCGGCAUGGACAAAAAUUGUGGAGAUGCAGAUUGCUUUCAGCCCGCAGUCAAAAGGGCAAAGUUACAAGAGUCCAUUGAAUAUGAAGACUUGGGGAAAAAUAAUUCCGUAAAAACAAUUGCACUAAACCUCCAGAAGUCAGAUAGGUAUUACCAUGGUCCUACUCCAAUCCAGUCUCUACAGUAUGCAACAAGUCAAGAUAUUAUUAAUUCUUUUCAAAGUAUUAGACAAGAAAUGGAAGCUUAUACACCUAAAUUAACUCAGGUUCUCUCAAGUAGUGCUGCCAGCAGUACCAUCGCAGCCCUAUCACCUGGAGGAGCACUUAUGCAGGGAGGGACACAGCAAGCCAUAAACCAGAUGGUGCCAAAUGAUAUUCAGUCUGAAUUGAAACACCUGUAUGUAGCUGUUGGCGAACUUCUCCGGCACUUCUGGUCCUGCUUUCCUGUUAAUACACCAUUCCUAGAAGAAAAGGUAGUGAAAAUGAAAAGUAAUUUGGAACGAUUUCAAGUUACAAAGCUUUGCCCAUUCCAAGAGAAAAUUCGGAGACAGUAUUUAAGCACAAAUUUGGUAAGUCACAUAGAGGAGAUGCUGCAGACAGCCUACAACAAGCUCCACACGUGGCAGUCACGGCGUCUGAUGAAGAAAACGUGAAAGGUCCCAUGGUUCUCACAGGUCUGUGAGAUGAGAGAACUGUGCCCCACAGUGACUCUGGAAACCUGGCCUGACACAAUGCAGGUGAUCACUCAGAAGUGACAGACAUCUGCACCACACGGACUCGCAGAGCCAAUGCUAUUGUACUUGCACAUUGUGAACGGAAAAAAAGAGCUGUGAUUAAACGCAAAGCUGGGGAGGUGAAUUAAGGCAGAACCAAAAUGAGCUAAGUUGCAAAUAUAUAUAUAUAUUUUUAAAAAGACACUGUUUACUGCAGUUACUCAGGAACUGCUUUCGAUUCACAUUAAGCUGCUUUCAGAAAAUUGAAAAAAAAAAAACACUUUUUUUAAAGGGUGCGUUGAUAAAAUCUUGGGGUCUGGGGGUUUGGUGUGUAUGUUUGUGUGAGCGUGCAUGUGUGUAUGUGCGUGUGCGCGAGUGUGUGAGUGUGAGUGUGUGUGUGUGUGUGUGUGUGUGUGUGUGUGUGUGUGUGUGUGUGUGUGUGUGUGUGUGUGUGUGUUUUCCCUAAGUUUAUAGCACAGGGUACACCUUAAGUAUUUCUCCUUCAUCCUCCAAUUUUGGCUCAAGUUUUACUGACUCUUAGUUGUACCUCCGUCAGCAAGUUUAAACAAGUACUUUAAAGCAGAGGAGACUGUGGCUCGGCCCUCGGGAAACAGAGUCAUGAGACAUCGUUGGUCCUGUGUUUCCUACGGAAAUAAAAAACAAUACAUUUUGCACUGAAUGCUUGUGGCUUGGAGUCCCAAAAUGCUAAAGAGGGAGCGUAUAUUUGCAGAGAGUCACGUGGAGUUUUUUAUGCAGUUUGUCAGGAGACAGUGGCACUGCAUGCUUUUCCUUGAGUGCAAAUGUACAUUGCUAAGGUUUUUUUAAAGAUGGCAUGUGCUUUGAAAAGAAGAUAUUGCAUUUUUAAGAGUUAAAAAUAAUCUUAUGAAUGAAAAUUAUUAAAAAAUGUCUUAUUUUCACCUCUUUAGGAAAAAAAUAAAAGAUGUUUCUCAUAUCUCCUUUUCUCCAGUUACUGUCCUUCGCGAAUUGAUAAUCAUUGACUAGUGACUGAAAAGCCUAACUGCAGAAGAAAAAAAUGUCUUGUUUCUGGAAUCCGUGCCAUAUUUUGUUCCUAAUUGGGUUAAUUUGCUGUUUAUCUGAGACUUUAGAUGUCUUGUAUUAAAAAUUAUUUUUAAAAAGUAAAGUUUUUUUAUAGACACUCUUUUAA